UUAUUUAUAGUUUAUAAGCAACUUAUACAUAAUGCCAGAACAAAAUUCAUUACUUCAGAAAUAUGAACAAGAUCAGCCACACAAUGCAAAACUGAGUGGCUUGUUUAUUGAAGAGCAAACCAAACUUGCUGGGCAUGGUUGGAACAUUUCUUGUCUUCAAUUUAGUCAAAAUGGUUUAUACUUAGCAUCUGGAAGUUGGGAUAAAAAUGUAUUUAUAUGGGAUUUAAGAACUCUGGAUGCACCAAAGGUUUUGGAUGGUGAGGGGGAAGGUCAUACCUCUGCUGUUACGUCCUUAUGUUGGCUACCAAAUAUUGAAUUUUUGUUAGCAUCAGCAUCUGCUGACCAUUCAAUAUUGAUAUGGAAUUCAGAUACUGGUGAUGUAAUGGCUAGAUUGAUGCAACACCAAUCAUGGGUGUUAGGGACCACAUUUACCGCUGAUGGUAAAAUUUUGGCAUCAUCAUCCUGGAAUGGUAGUGUUAUAUUAUGGGAUAUGAAUAUGCUAAAACCUGCAAAUCAACUUGUUGGACACUCUGCUGGCGUCUGGGCUUGCUCUUUUGAUAAUAACUCUGCUGCUCCCAUCUUGUGUACUGCCAGUGAAGAUACGUCAAUUAGAUUAUGGGACAUGCGCACUGAUCACAAUUGGCAUUCUGAUGUAUUACUUUCUGGAGUGCAUGCAGAUGCGAUCAAAUGCUGCUGUUGGUCACCAUGUAGUAACUACUUAGCUGCCGGUUCGAAAGACGCUAAGAUUUCCAUAUGGGAUGUUCGUGCCAACAAAGCCAUUAAUUGUUUGCAAGGUCACACAGCAGAAGUUUCAAACGUUGAAUUCAUGUCUUCCUCUUCAAAUUUGAUUUUCUCUGUCGGAGAUACACAAUGCUGCUUGUGGAAUAUUUUUAAUCCACAAGGAGAUCCCGUUUGCUUUUUGAAACAGCACCUUUGGAGUUAUGAGGUCGAGUCUCUUGCAUUGUCUCCUGACGCCACACUUCUUGCAACUGGUAGUGUUGACAAACAGAUCACUUUAUCAACGAUUGACAUCACUGAAGAAUUCUAUGAUACACUUCAGUCAGAUGUUAACACGCUUCCAUAUGCACAAAUGCCUGUAAAAACACAGUCUUCGUCUUCUUUACCUUCUCUAGGGAAUGAGUCGUCGGCGUCUGUUCUAGACAAGGCUAAAACAGACAAUCAAAUCAAGCUGAAAGAAAUGACCAAGCUGACUGCCAAACAGACCAUUCGAAUCAAAGCGCCAGUCACGUCGGCUUUGCUUCAAGACAAAAGGUCGAAAUUAAAAACGGUGAAGUCACAUGAGAGCAUCAACGACUUGUUUCAAGGAUUAAAAUUACCAACAGCCGUGGAUGAAGGGAGUAUGCGUUUCAAAUCAAAAGAAUUAUUGGCAGAGCGCAAAAAACUCCGUCCGACUAAAUCCAAUACGCAGAGCGAUGUAAAAGAUACAAGAAAAUAUACGCCAUUACCGCCACCCAAUGAUGCAACACGAAAUUCACUAAUGUCGGAACUUCAAAGUAAUUUUUUAAAACCACGGGGUAGUGUGACUUCAGAGUAUGACAUUAAUGUGGUGGCUGAUGAGAUGAUUCAACUAAGCGAGGAGUUGCAACGUCAAUCAACACACCUUUGAAAAACUUGUCUUACAUUUCCGGUUUAUAUUUUAUUCUUUCUUGUUCUUUACACAUCGUAUGUUAUUGCAGAAAUUUUAAAAUAAUAAGCAAUCAGGGCCGACGAAACUGGGAGGGCCGGUGUCAUAAUUAAUUUUUUUCAGAGAUUGUCUAGAUAGCUUUGAAAACCUAACUCUUAUAACUCACUAAAAAACUUAAAAAUUUUAAAAGCGUUAUAGCCAAUGUAGAAGUUUUAAAUUUUAAAAACAUUUUAACACAGCCUUAACCCUUGUAAGGCGUUUUUAUCGCUAUAUUUGUCUCUCCACUUUCAAAACUACUUUGACGGUCCCGGGGAGUGAUAAAAAAUUUGUCAUUGGAUUUAAUCUGAAUUUAAGCUUGCAUUUGCAUCAUGUGCCAACUAAAAAAAAAAACGAGAUUAUUUACAAUCUCUCUUAAGAGUAAUACUUAUUGAUAACUAUACAUUAAAAACAUAUAUCUAUAUUUAUAACUAUAUGCGGACUAAGAAAAACAGUAGCUUAACAAAAACUAUUUUUUUGAAAUAUUUUAAUAUAUUUAGAGAUACGAAAGUGUGAUAUUUAUCCAUAAUUAUUCAUAAUUAUUUAUUUAUUUAUUAAUUUAUCGAAUUAUUUAUUUAUUUAUUUAUCAAAUCAUUUAAAACAAUUUUAUAAAUUUUUAAAAUCUGUAUGUGUAAUUUAUGUGGCUUUUUCAAUCAGCAACACUAGUUUUCUUUUUAUCCGUCUUGUUGCUCGUCCUGAUAUAU